AUGAGCGUGUCGACAGUGCGGCGGGGCUUUUCAUUUGACCCUGCGGCAGGGCUCACUGGCAAAGAGACAUAUCAGGAUGCGGUGCGUAUGGAGAUUCAGGCCGCGACACUCGAGGCAGCUGGGAAGAACAUGGAAUGUCUUCAACUGCUGGAGAAGGCACUGCAAGUUCGAUGCCAGGAGCGCCCCAUGAGCGCCACGAUGCCCAUGUAUAUUGACGAGGUCUGCGAUGCAGCGGAGCGUCUCAUAACAAAGACGAACGCGUACGGCGUAAAGUGCUUUAAGGAAGACGAUUACGAAACGGCCUCCGUAUUGUUUGACUAUGGAAUGCAAAUGACGGAGGCUGACUCCUUCCCGCUGCGGGAAUCGGAUGAUCGGCGACGAUAUCUUCGGGGGGUGACGUUAAAUAACUACGGUUGUAUGGAGCGACGUCGUGGACACUUUUCAGAGGCUCUUUCAUUCAUGCAGCGUUCGAUGAAGUGCACGGGUGAGCAGUCGCCUGUGGCAUUUCUUAACAUAAGUGCCGUCCAGACCCAGUUGCGACUGUGCGAGGAAGCCGUGGAGAGUGCAAUGCGGGCGAUGCAGAAUCUUGGAUCCGCCCCCGAGGAAUCCGCUCUGCUCGCCGCGGCGCACCACAACCUUGCCGUGGCUCUUGAACCACUU